UUCCAGCCCAAAGCCAUUUUGUUUUUCAGGGCUCAUUGCAAGGGUACCUGGACCGAAUUCGCGUCAGAACUGCAGCUGCAGUUACCGUAGGUGUCUCUGCCGUUCCACGAUGUUUUCCUUGGCCAAAAACGCACUAAAUCGUCUCCAAGUUCGAAGCAUUCAGCAAACAAUGGCAAGACAGAGCCACCAGAAGCGUGUACCUGAUUUUCAUGACAAGUAUGGUAAUGCUAUAUUAGCUAGUGGAGCCACUUUCUGUAUUGCUGUAUGGACAUAUACAACAACACAAAUUGGAAUAGAAUGGAACCUGUCCCCUGUUGGCAGAGUCACCCCAAAGGAAUGGAGAGAUCAGUAAUCAUGCCAGCUGAAGUUAUACUGAACUGAUGCCACGUAAAAGCACUGUGUACCUACUAAAUAUGGCAUAUUGAAGAAAUAAAGUACCCUUGAAACAAG